AUGAAUCUGAGUGUGAACCGAUGCAUCACCGGUGGUUUCGUCGGUGGAUUCUCCAGCUGCAGACUCAAUCAUGGUCGUGGUGAGGAAAGAUUGGUUCGUGUUGCUAAGCAUUGUGAGGUUCAGAGAGGGAAAAGUUUAGGGUCUGAUGCUGUUUCUUUACAGAAGAAAGAGGGAAAAAGUGUUAAACUUGCCAUGUUUAGUGGUGGUUUAGUAGGAGUGGCAAACUUGGUAACUCUUAGCUCAGCAAAGGCCGCAGACUUGCAGAUGAUUAUCUUGGAUCAAGCGACUUCUGUUUACAACUUGGCUGAAGGAAACCUAGGAGAUUCGGUUGGGAACUUCUUGUAUUCAGCUAACCAACAGGCAAAUGAAGCUGUUCAGGAUCAGCUAUCAGCUCUCAGUGUAACAAGUUUGGCAGUAAUUUUUGGGGCAGGACUUGUGACAAGUCUUUCUCCAUGUACACUCAGUGUUCUGCCUUUGACACUUGGUUAUAUUGGUGCAUUUGGGUCUGGCAAAAGCAGAGCUCAGGUUGUUGGAGAUGCAGUUGCUUUCUCAUUGGGAUUAGCAACUACUUUAGCACUUCUUGGGAUAGUAGCCUCUUUUGCAGGAAAAGCCUAUGGACAAAUAGGGCAAGGAUUACCAGUGGCUGCAUCAGGUCUGGCUAUUGUAAUGGGUCUCAAUCUCCUUGAGGUAAUCGAGAUUCAGCUUCCAUCUUUCUUUAACAACUUUGAUCCCCGUGCUGCAGCAGCAAACUUCCCAUCAAGUGUACAAGCAUAUCUAGCCGGUCUCACAUUCGCACUUGCUGCCUCACCUUGUAGUACUCCAGUUCUAGCCACCCUUCUUGGCUAUGUAGCUACUUCCAGGGAUCCAAUAGUCGGUGGAAGCUUACUCUUAACGUAUACAACAGGUUAUGUUGCGCCACUCAUCCUCGCUGCUACAUUUGCUGGAGCUUUACAGAGCUUACUUUCGUUGCGAAAGGUCUCUGUAUGGAUCAACCCCAUAAGUGGUGCUCUUUUACUUGGAGGAGGUUUGUAUACUUUCUUGGAUAGGCUUUUCCCUGCUGCUACUAUGGUCAUGUAA